AUUUUAAAAAUAAAUUUAAAAUAUAUUUAAAUUUUCUCUCUCAACUGGCCACCACCACCGUCCACUCUCUCCCCUUGCACGCGUCCGUUAUUCCUUCGUCAUCCACCGCUUUCUAUAGGUGAGAACCUUUACAAUCGCCGUGAUGUAGACUCAAUGAGUGGUUGUGCGACGAGAGCUUUCUCUGUGCCACCUUCGACCCUUUGGCGUCGAUCGUUUCGAAUUCAAGAGGGUAAUGGAGGUUUUGGUUCAUGCUCUGUUUCUUCAUUGAAAGUUUGAUUGAUGAUCUAGAGCCGGUAAUUUGUUAUGAAGGUGAGCCAAAGUGGGCCUGUCUCCAUCGUGGUUUCAUUGAAAGUUUGAUUGAUGAUCUAGAGCCGGUUUGUUACGAAGGCGAGCCAGAGUGGGCCUCUCUCCAUCGUGGUUUCACGGUUGCCAGUGCUUAUGGCUUGUUUGUGUUGUUGGUGUCUCUGGCUCGUGUUUCCGCACCUUAAUUCUUUGAUUGUUUUCAGGUCUGUUAAGAUAUGCAUGUUUCAUAGUUGAAGGUCUCAUAUAUGUAUAUCAUCAUUGAUUUCAUAUUGUUUUUGUUAGCAUCGUCAUGCCCUGAUUUGAAGCUGAUUGGCUCGAAAUAGUCAUUUGCUUGUAGUUGUUGUAGGGAAUUGUUGGAUCCCACUUAAUGAAUUUUAUAAAAAAAAAGAAGAAAUAAGAAUAGAAUUCGUUUUUGUUGGUAAUGUGUUACUUAAUUCUCUUGUAUAGUAAUUCCUAGGAGUACUAUAUAGGUAAUGAGAGAUAAGAAUAGAAUUGGUUUUCAGCACAAAAUUAAUAUGGCAGCAACUGCAAUUGAAAAGAUAGAAAUGGAUGUGCCUAUUAAGGCCACUCCUCAGCAGUUCUAUGAUGUUUUUUGCAACAAGACACACUAUGUUUCCAAUGUUUGCCCUGAUAAAGUAAAGAGUGUCGACCUUCAUGAAGGUAAUUGGGGCAUUGAGGGAUCCAUUAUAUCCUGGAAUUUUGUUUUAGGUGGAAAAACUUCAAUUUCUAAGCAAAGGAUUGAAGACAUAGACAAAGAAAACAACAAAAUAACAUACAAAGUGUUGGGUGGAGAGUUGUUGGAAGAUUACAAGAGCAUCAAAUUCAUAAUGCAAAUUGUUCCACAAAGAGAAGGAAGUGUAGUGCAUUGGAUUGUUGAAUAUGAGAAGCUCAAUAACAAUGGCCCUAAUCCUCACCCCUUGUUCCAUUUUUGUGUUGAGGUUAUCAAAUAUGUCGAUGCUCAUCUUGCACCUGAGGACAAGAAGUAAACAAAUUAUUAAUGUGAACAAAAAAAGCUCAUGUACAAGUGACAAAUAAAUUAUUAACGUGUCUCUAUGUCAUAUGUUAGUUUGAUUUCUAUAUCUAUGUGUGACAAAUAAAUCAUUAAUGUGUCUCUAUGUCAUGUAUUUUCAAUUAUGCAUAUGGUUUGUUUGUCAAAAAAAAUAAGAGUUGAGUGUAUUAGGUGUGAGCUGGGGUUUUCUUGUCCACCUUCAUUGGGUUGUAAAGCAUAUAAAUUAGUUGGCAUUGAUAUAUUGUGGAUAACUUAUCCAAUAUGAUUUGACACCAAUAAAAAUUAUCUACAUAUAAUUUACUAUCUAUGUGAAACAUUAAUAUUAAA